UCAAGGGCUGUAGUUGAACAGCUUGCAAUCAAAGCUGCGUGGGGCUUAGACGCAGAGCAGGUGGGCAUCCUUAAUGUACAAGAGAGGAUUUCUGAAACAAGGUACAGUCUCAUAUAGUGCGGACAACAGAAAUUAGAUUUAGCGAUAAACUGUGUUACACUUUGACCAAACGUUCUUGUAUUCAGAUAUGGAAAUAGGUCAAAUGAACAAAUCUAAAAUCAAGCCAGUGGUUUUGUAGAUCACCGACACACUGUGAUAACCUUUUGUCAGGGCGAGUUAUUUACGGUCAAGCAAGCACUGGAAAAAACAAGCUUCAUGAUCCAAGUAUAGCCACACACCCUGAGCUACCACCUUUGUGUGAAAAUCCAUCCGUGUGACUUGGGUAGACGUGGGGAGAUGAGGAGGAUUGUAGCCGCUCCCAUACAAAGUAACAGCAUGGAUCUGGGAAGACACUCCGUGAUGUUUAGACCCUCAUGCAGAAGUUCAAGUCCAUUUUCCCUCACGGACCUCGACAUGUGGGACGACAAAUCUCACUUUACAGCCCAGACCUCAGCAUGGUAUGGCAUGACAAAUGUCUCUGGGUCAGGGUUUCUGUCUAAAAUCAGUACAAGCACAUCAGGCAGCACCGAUGGCUUCAGACAGAAUGACCCAGGUCUAAAGAAGUGGCAGUCCUUGUCCCAUCUGGCGCCUGAAGGUGCUACACGGCCCUUUCCUCCGACUCCAGGAGCUGAAUUACGAGCUGCCCAAGGGGACAGUAGCUUCAGACCAACAGAAGUGGUGCACUGGCUGCAGGAUGCUCAGGAGCGAAUAGACACUCAGCUGGACCGGCUGAGGGCCAGAGACGCACGUCUGAGCUAUAACAUAACUACUGCACAGCUACUUGACAUGAAACACAAGCUGUCAGGAGCAAUGAGUACUCUUGGGCAGGAGAAGGAGGCAGCUGAAUUUUCCAAGUUUGACAAGAACCUACAGCGUAGAGAGCUCCAUGAAAAGGUCCUUCGGCUGGAGAAGGACCUGUUGCAAAUGAGGUCUACUUUGGACAGAGAAAGCAAUGAUCGACCAACCGAAAAAACCCCAGGUUCUCUUAGCAGAACAUUAACAGCGUGUCAAGAAGACUUGAACAGACAGGAGAAGCAGAAGGUUGACACUGAGCUGUGCAAGCUGAGAGAGGCUCUGAAAGAGGCGGAGGCGAGGGCCAAAUCACAGGAAGAUGAGCGAAACCAGGCACUCCAGCAACUCCAGACAUCAACUGAGACACAGAGGACGCUGUUGAGUCAAAUAGAGGAGAUGAAUCGGAGGCUCAGCCACACUGUGUCAAAUCACUAUGGAGUGCAAGAACAGCUGAGCGAAGCUAACAACAAAAUCAGCCAAGCAUGCCUGGAAAAAGCCAUCUUGUCAACUCAAGUGCUAAAGCUGGAGGAUGAAAUGAAAGAGCUGAAGGCCAACAUGCCAGUGGCUCUGUCAGACAGAGACCACCCGAUCCAGAAUAAAGCAGAGCUGCACCAGAGGUUGCAGGUCCUGGAGCUGCAACUGGAGAGGAUGCCACCAGGUUCCCAGGGCUGUGAGAUCCACGAUCAACUGGUUACUUUAGAGUCUCACAACAACAAACAGGAUCAGGAGACGGUUCUGAUGACAAAAGAAUCAAAAGCUCUUUCAAAGGUAAAUGAAAUGUUGACAUGUGAGCUUGAAAUGAUCAAGCAGAAGCUGGACACAUCACAGUCUCAGCUACAGGAGCUUACAGCAGAACGGGCCGUCAACACUGAACAGAUCAGAGGUCUAGAGGCAGAACGCUCUGAGCUGAUCAGACAAAAAGAAGAACUGCUGAGCAAAAUGAAGGAAGGUGGACAUGAAAUGAAGGAAAAGUGCUGUCAGCUCAGGGAAUUUGUGGAGGUUUUGGAAUCAGAGAAACAGAAGCUGCAGGAUCGGUGUCUGCGUUUGGAGGCAAAAGUCCUCGAGAAUGAGGAGAAGUUACUCCUGCUGGGGGAGGAGUAUCAGAAAGAAGAUGCAGUGAGGGUCCAAAAUAUUGAGGGACUAAAAGCUGUGGCCUCACACUGGACUGAGAAAUGGCAAAAGGUUGCUUUGACUCUGCAGCUCACACAAGAGGAGCUGGAAGACCUCAGGAGGAACAACUCCAGAAAUGAAAGGGAAUCUGACUCGCUUCUGAGGGUUGAGCUCGACGCAUGUAAACAGGAGUUGGACCUGGAAAGAUGCCGGAGGCAGGCGCUGCUUCACAGAUAUAAGGACGAAGGUGGUGAGGCUGUGCGGACUCAGGACAAAGAGACAGUGACGGACUUAUCAGAAUCCUCUCUGUUGUGGCCGACGUUGUCACAUUCGCACAGCAGCCAAAACAAAUCCCCCCAGGUGUGUAUACGAAGCUGCGAGGUUCAAAGGCUGAAGGAAAAACUGGCAGAAAGAGAGAAGCAACUGACAGAAAAGGAAGAUGCUUUGAAGAGUCUAGAGAGGCUGAGAGACACAGAGAAAACUGAGGCGGAAACCAGAGAUUCUGCUCUAGAGCUCAAGCUCAUGAAAAAGGCCUCUGAAGACAGUGAAGGCCGAGCAGAUGCUUCAACCACCGACUUACUAAAGACCGAGCUAGAAGAGAGCAGGAGGAGAGCGAACCAGCUCCAGCAGGAGAAAACGCUGGCAGUCCAGAAGCUUCAAACACUAAACCAGCUUUACCCGUUGAAGAGUUUGUUCAAAGAGCGAGAAGGAAAUGAGGCGGGAAAAACUGACAACACAUCAGCAGCUGCUCAAACUGGGACCGUCUCACCUCAGGACUGGUCUCCCGCACCCAAAGCUGCCAGGACUACAGUGGACAGGUGGAGCUGGCAGCAGGGCCCAGGUUUGAUGCCAGUGUUCGAGGAGGACGAGGAGAGCAGCGACCUGCCGGGAGGGGAGGAAGAGCCAGCCGGAGAGGCUCAUGCUGAGGGAAACCUCCACGAUCAGGGGCACCAGAUGAGUACAGAAAUCAGCAAUCAGAGAGAAGCCAAACAUGAGAAUCUGCUGCAAGCCAUAAGGUCCAAGCAGCCAAUCCAGGAUCUUCACACUGCGGAAGAAAAAGUAACAGACGCGUCUCCAGAUAUUGAAGUGCCAAUCGUAGUUCAUUGUGCAGAUGUGUGUGACAUGCAGAGGAGGUCAACGUCCCUCUAUCCUGAUGGAAUAUUCCUGGCUGAGCUUGUAGAUAUCUGCAGUCCGGAUGAAGGUGAAGAGGAGGGAGAGGACGAAUGGGGUGUUUCGUGAAGAAGCAUUUGGCAAGACUGUAUAUAAGUCUAUGUAGAGACAGGUCAUUACAGGGUGCAGUACCAGCCGGCCUUUGUACCUUUGAGCUUGUAUUGUACGGAUUAAUUCACCUCUUCAAUUUGAAAAUAACCCUUUGAUAUGAUGAUGCAGAUGCUUUUUUAACCGUAAAUAUAAAGAUUGUGUUGUUUGUUUUUUAGUAGUUUAGUCUAACAGAAAGUUCCAAUGAGUGAUAAAGCCACUGGGCAACAUCUGGCAAAAGAGUGCUUUAUUUAUAUGACAUGGUUCCUCACAUCACUUUUACAUUCAGGAAAUCCUAGAGCCGACAAGACAUUUCAAAUGUGCCUCAAAAGAAUUUUGAAAUUACAGAUAUACAUGAGAGCAUGUAAAGUACAUUUGUGUGUAUUAUGUGUUAUUCACAUGUCAAAUAAAUGACAAUGUGUAUUUAAAUCA